CUUCAGAUGUAUAAUAUUAUAUCUCUAGUAUAAUAGUAUAACAUUACGGUAAGCGUGUAUUUACGGGAUCUAUGAUGUAAGUCCGCUAUUAUGAUAAUGAUACGGGAAUAUAAAUGAAGGAAUAUUAAAGCUGGAAAAAAAAUUGACAUGUUACAAACGUUUUAUGAUUCGCAGUCGUCGGUAAAACGUCUUGUUAAUCAUAUCUCAAGUUAUUUUAAAAAGAUUGUGUGUAUUACAUUUUUUUAAAUAUAAAUAAAAUAAAAUUUAUAUUUCAAAUAUAAAUACAAUACGGCGCAUACAAAUAAAUUUGACGUAAAAUUUUAGCAUUUCGUGAAUAAAUCACAAAUGUUAUGUGAGAAAAAUUAAGUAAAAUCACAGCGAAUUUAAAAAGAUUGCGCUCAAUGAAAGAUGCGUAUUCUACAACUAACUUUUAAAAUUCUGACGUUUAUUGGAUGUUGGCGACCGGAGUCAUGGUCGUCCUUGUAUCUGCGCAUGGUUUAUGGUGCAUAUACAAUUUUCAUGAUUAUCUUACUGUAUACGUUUCUGAUGUCGCAAUUUUUGGAUAUUAUUUGGAAUGUUGACAAUGCUGAAGAUUUUACCGAAAAUUUGUACGUCAUGUUGGCGUCUGUAGUUUCGUGCUCCAAAAUGCUCAGUCUACUGGUAAAUCGACGUAAUAUUUAUGCAUUAACCAACAUACUCAUCGAAAAGCCGCACAAACCGCUACAAAUUGACGAAAUAAAGAUCCAAUAUAAAUUUAACAAAUUAAUACAAAACAAAACGUUCUGGUACACGAUUCUGGUGGAAACGACUUGUGCGUGCAUCACGAUGACAUCUUUAUUCACAGAGUUCAGAAAAGGAAAUCUGACAUAUAGAGCAUGGUUACCGUACAAUUAUUCGUCUACGAUCGUAUUUUGUUUUACGUAUGCACACCAACUUCUCAGCCUGACAGCUGGAUCACUUGUCAAUGUAGCCUGUGACAGUCUCAUUUGCGGAUUGUUGGUGCACAUUUGCUGCCAAAUCGAGAUUUUGGAAUACCGACUAAGCAAAUUAUCGAGAGACCAUGAUGUUCUCCGCGACUGUGUGCUUCACCACGAUAGUAUAUUUGCAUAUGCGCACAAACUAAACAAUGAGUUCAGAAUGACUAUCGCCAUGCAGUUCAUAGUCAGCACGAUGGUGGUAUGCUCCAAUCUAUAUCAGAUGACUAAAUCAACAACAGCAAACGCGAGCUAUCUUCCGUUAUUGCUAUACAUGUCCUGCAUGAUGACACAAAUUUUUAUUUAUUGUUGGUACGGAAACGAAGUAAAGUUAAAGAGCAUACAAUUAGUUGAUAAUAUCUUUGCGAUGGAUUGGUUAACGCUGGACAGAAAUGUUACAAGAGGUUUAUUAAUAAUUAUGAAUCGUGCAACAAUACCAAUAGAAUUUACGAGUGGUUAUGUUUUCUCGAUGAAUCUCGAUUCGUUUGUCGGGAUACUUAAAACAUCAUAUUCAGCUUACAAUAUAUUAAAAAAAAUGUCGAGAAUGAAAUUAGAGAUGGAAGAAACAAAGAUUAUGGAAUUUACGUUAAACGUUCUUUCGGUUGUGGGAGUUUGGCCGCCAGAUUCUUGGUCGUCCUCUAAACGCGCCAUGUAUAACGUUUACUCGGCUUUCAUAACUUUCAUGUUAUUCACUUUUAUGAUACCUCAGUUUCUGGAUAUUAUUCUGAACGUCACCACUACUGACGAUUUCGCUGAUACUUUCUACAUCUUGCUCGCCAUGGUUAUGUCCUGCUUCAAAAUGACCAAUCUUUUGUUUAAUCGCAAGAAUAUAAAAAUGUUAAAGACUAUCCUCUCUGAAAGACCGUUUAUCCCAGUGGAAGCUGACGAGAUGGAAAUUCGACGUAAAUAUGAUAUAAGUAUACACCAGAAGACUUUUUGGUAUACGGUUAUGGCAGAGGUGACAUUAGGGUGCAUUGCAAUGACAUCGUUCCUCACCGAUUUUCGAAAGGGCCACUUGACUUAUCGGGAAUGGACACCUUAUAAUUAUUCCGAGACAGUGUUCUGCGUCAUAUAUGUUCGUCAAUUAGUAAGCGCGGCAAUGGGCGCUAUGGUGAAUAUAGCCUGUGACAGUAUGAUUUGUGGCUUUAUCUUGCAUGUGUGCUGUCAAAUUGAAAUACUGGAGUGCCGGUUAAGAAAAGUCGCACUCAAUCAAAAGAAUCUACGAAUGGGUGAAUGUGUACAUCAACACGACUGUAUAUUUAAAUAUGCAUUUAUGAUAAACGAACACUUCAAGCAGAUUAUUACCAUUCAGUUUAUAGUGAGUAUGCUAGUGGUGUGCUCUAAUUUAUAUCAAUUAGCAAAGGUAACGUUGAACGCAGAGUCUUUUCCUUUGAUGUUAUACACGGGCUCCAUGCUAACACAGAUUCUCAUUUAUUGCUGGUUUGGAAACGAAGUUAAGAUAAAGAGCGUUCAACUCGCUGCAAAUAUCUUCGAAAUAGAAUGGCUGAAACUAGAUAAAAACUCAAGAAAAGAUUUGAUGAUAAUUAUGACUCGCUCGUUAGUACCCAUUGAAUUUUCAAGUGCAUACGUUAUAACGAUGAACGUUGAUUCCUUCGUAAGCUUACUUAAGACAUCAUAUUCAGCUUAUAAUGUACUACAGCAAAUGGAAAUGGCAUAAUUCAAACAAAAUAGUAGUAUGAAAAUUAUCGUAUAACUAUCAUAGAUAGUCAUAUUGUUUUCCACUCAUAUUAGAUAUAGUUGUUGAUUACUGUUAAUUAUCGUAAGUCUUUUAUCCCUGUUCUAUUAUUAUACUAUAAGCACUUACUAUUAGCAAAUGAAUAAAUAAGAAAUAAUUAGAA